ACCUUUAUGUUCAGUAUACUUGAUGCUGCCGGUGAUUCAAGUUGUUGCUGACAGUAUGUUUAAUUCAGGGAGAACAGGACGUAACCGUCGCUAUCCGGAUUUUUUAAGUCUACGCCAGAAUCAGUGUUGGGCCGCUGUUUCAAUCGUAGUUAUUGUCGUUUUAGCUUCUUUAGGUUUCGCUCAUCUAAUUGCCAAUGGCAUGAAAAACAAAACAAGUUAUUCUGGGGAUGUGUUGCUACGCGUUUUCCCGAAAUCUGAAAGUGAUAAGAAGUACCUACAGAACUUUGAUAGCCUCAACAUCGAUGCGCAGGUUUGGGGUUUACCAACCAACACGGAUAUUCCAGUGUACAUCUUCGCGAAGGCCGGUUCCAUGCAUCGACUAACGAAGACUCUUCACGGAAAUAAAUUGAAAUUCAAUAUCAUUAUUCAGAAUAUGCAAACGUUGAUAGACCAAGAAGAACGCUCUAUAGCCGAGCGGCGCAACAAGCAAACAACGGAAAUCUUUGAUUUUGAAAAUUACCAUCCGUACGAAGAGAUUGUUACAUGGCUCGAAACGCUAGCUAACACAAGCAGUUUGAUCAGUCUGAGCUCUAUGGGUAAAUCCUAUGAGGGAAAUGAUCUCUUACUGGUCUCAAUCAGCGCCAACAAGUCCAGAAGUAAAGAAGGCGAGGAUUUAAAUCAACAUCAAACAAUGGAGCAAGAACACGAAUCGAAAACUUAUCAGAAAUCAAACUUCCUUCAAAAACGCAGCAUCAGACCAAUAUCGAUGGGUAAAUCACAAUCAAAAGCUGUAAUUUAUAUCAACUGUGGAAUGCAUGCAAGAGAAUGGAUCUCUAUCUCUUCUUGCCUUUGGAUGAUUAAUGAGCUUGUUACUAGUAAAACAGGAUCAGUAACGUCACUCCUCUUGGACACAUAUGAUUUUUGGUUUGUUCCUGUAGCAAAUCCCGAUGGCUACAUUUAUUCGUGGACUACGGAUCGGCUGUGGCGCAAAAACCGCUCUCCUGGUAAUCCGUGUAGCGGCGUAGAUUUAAACAGAAAUUUUGAUGUCGGAUUCAAUGCUACAUCUAGAAAUCCCUGUUCAAUCAGUUACGGAGGAGUAGAACCAGAAUCGGAAGAAGAAACCAAAGCCCUGACCAAACUGCUGUAUUUAAACAGCAACCGAAUUAAAGCAACACUUUUCAUCCAUUCGUUUUCACAGCUAUGGCUUUCACCAUACAGUGUCAACAACACCUAUCCGAAGGAAUAUCCCGAGAUGAGGAGGGUAAUGUCAAAGGCUGUCAAUGCGGUAAAAUCUUUCUUUGGAACCGAUUUCAAUUUUGGAAGUAUCGCCAAUGUUUUGUAUUCGGCUCCCGGAUCAGCAGUUGAUUACUGCUAUGAGACGUUUGGGAUUGUGAAUUCUUUCGUGGUGCAACUACGAGACAGAGGGACGAACGGUUUCAUGUUACCACUCGACGAAAUUAAACCAACUGCGAUCGAGACAUGGGGCGGACUGAGUGCUAUGGCAUUGGCAAUUCAUGAAAAGAUUCCACAGACUAAUACCGAUAGUCGCGCUUGAGAAUUAAACUGGCCUACUACACUACUAUACAUCAUCUGAUGUCUCACCCGUAUGGGAGCAAAGGAUAUAAUGCAAAAGCACAAGUUUUACAUUUUGGGUAAAUUUCAAAUUCAGUACAGAAAAUAUCCGAAAACUUCUACAAUCGUGAAUUCACCGAACAAAGAAUUUUCCGGAUUUUUUUCAAUUUUAGUUUAUUUUGGCUUUUCAUGUAACGUUCGUGAUCCUAAAUUUCAUGGAGAUAGUGAUAAUUUGUUGCUGAAUUGACGUCAUUCCAAUAUGAAGCUUUUAUUCAUUUC